GCGGAGGUGGAAGAAACACUGAAGCGAAUUCAGAGCCAAAAAGGAGUGCAGGGAAUCAUUGUUGUUAAUUCUGAAGGUAUUCCUAUCAAAAGUACUAUGGACAACUCCACAACGAUUCAGUACGCGGGCCUCAUGCACAGCUUCAUCAUGAAGGCGAGGAGCACUGUGCGAGACAUUGAUCCCCAGAACGACCUCACAUUCCUGCGCAUCCGCUCCAAGAAAAACGAAAUCAUGGUUGCACCAGAUAAAGACUACUUCCUGAUUGUCAUCCAGAAUCCAACUGAAUGAUUACACCGACUUGGUCUGAUUUUUUCCUUUUGCCCAACUGUUUUUUUUUAAUUUAAUGGUAAAGAAUAUUGUAUUAGUGUUAACUCUGCUGUGCCACUUCAAUAAUGUCUGGAAAAAACAAAAGCAGGUGUUUUCAUUGUUUACAAACAGAAAAAGUGGCUUUUUUUUUGUAUCACAAGUUGUUUUGAGGAGGAGUUGUUGAGUUAGAAUCAGGCAGUAAAAAAUGCAACAGAAUCUUUUAAUAGUUAAUAUAAUAAAACUCUAAUAAU